GGUGAAUGGUGAGCCUCUUUUGCUCCUCCUCCACCAUUCAUGCCUCCAGCAGUCCUUGACCAAUUACUCGUCAAUACCUGCAGUAGAAGGCAAUUGACCCCGCGGACAUGGAUGGCGCUGAGACCACUAGCAGGGGCGGUUGCUCCUCUGUGACGAAAAGCAAGCGCAAGACACCAGCUUGCAUACAAUGCCGGGACCGCAAAGUACGGUGCUCGGGGACGUCUCCAUGUGUCAAUUGCACGCGCCGCGCUGAGCGAUGCAUCUUUGACUCUGACGACAAGAAGGUGCUCGUGUCGAAGAGGGAACUACAAGAGCUCAAGAGAAAGGUCGAGAGUAUAGACUCUGAAGAUAGACUGAGGCCGCCGAAGCGACGAGUGACAGCAUCCUCAUCACAUGGCCAUCGCUCAGCUCACCCUGGGGAUAGGGAGGAGGUCGAGUUUGCCGACUCUGACGACAAUGUGGACCAUUCCAUGAAGAAUCCCCUCGUUGUAUCGCCCUCAAAGUUUCUCACGGAUGCUCGAGGCCACAAACGCUUCCUCGGACCUUCAUCCACUUGGGCGUACAGUCGUCACGUCGUGAGAAUACUCAAGGAGCAUCUGCAGUACCACGAGUCUCCCGAGGUACCCCAGAAUCCUGACGGGGUCGCCUUUCCGCUGGACAUACCGAACAACCCAGUCAACAUCAGCAGCCUGGAUAUCGGGACGCUGCCUCCACUGGACUAUGCAAUAUACCUCACAAACACGGUCAAGUUUCACAUUGGACAGACCUAUCAUCUGUUCGACGAAACCGUGUUCAUGGAGAAGCUCAUGUCGCUGUACGAGAACGGUGCGGAGCUCUCGUCGAUGACUUCGAGACUCUGGCUUUCUCAAUACUUUGUCAUCAUAGCCCUGGGAAAAGCUUUACUGCACCGGGGACUGCCAAAAGCUGCGCCAUAUGGGAAGAAGUACUUCUUACACGCCAUGGAGAUACUGCCGAGUGUUGGCGAACUGUAUGCCGACCCAGUUCUCACCAUCGAAGUCUGCUGCGGGAUUGCUCUUUAUCUCCAGUCCGUCGAUCACCGCUUCAAGGCUUUCAUAUACCUAGGCAUUGCUUUGCGCGUCGCUCUCGGCUGUGGCAUUCAUCACGACUCCAUUGACGGCGCCGACACCCAGCGCUCGAAUGAUCGGCAAAAGAGCGCUUGGUGGACACUAUACAUCCUCGACCGCAAACUCUCGUAUCUGAUGGGAACGCCAACGCAAGUCAGCGAUGCUGCUAUUACUGCUAGUCUUCCGAGGAACCUCUACGCCUCUCCGCUUAAACUCGCUGCGCUCGACAUGCACAUCAAGCUUUCCAGGCUUAUUGGAAAGGUCAUUGAUACUGUCUAUGCCGUGGAUGGAAGAUUGCCAACGUCCUUCUUGCGCAUUGUGCAGUCCACGUUGCGAGAGCUCGCCCGCCUGGCCGAGACAAUUGCCACAUCAACUGACUUGAGCAUUGACGGAUCAAUCCCCGUCAACAGAAUGUCGGGGACUCUGAACUUGUGCUACCAUCAGUGCAUCAUACUUGCUACGAGGCCGCUUCUCAUGUGUUUGCUACGCGAACGACUGUCCCAGCAGAAGGGAGUGCAAGGGAAAGUGCGUGAAAUUGCGCACCCAGUCAUCAGUCUUCUGCAUGCCUCAUGCGAGUCAGCCAACAAGUCUCUUCGCAUCCUCAGUGCAUUGCAAUCGCGCGACUUGCUCGACUCAUUUCUACCUUUCGAUCUAGAGUAUGCGUUCUCGGCAGCCUUCAUCUUGAUGUUGACCAACGCCAUCCACCCUUUCCCCGAUGUCAUGGAUUCAGGCUGGUUCGAGCAUGCGCUCGAGAUCAUAGGAGCCCUAGAGGAAAGCGGCAGCGUCGCAGCACGUUUCCGCCUUCAGGAGCUUGAAAGACUCCAAGAGAUCUUGGGACUCGUCGCUCGGCACGCUGCAUCCUCGUUCGGCGAGCAAGCCCAAGAGAGCAGGCAACAUGAACAUGAUGAUCUAGGCAACAUUGACGAGGGUCUUGCUUCUGCAGACUUUCUCUCGAUUGCUGACAUGAUCGGUCGCUAUCCAAUCGUCGAAAUGGACUCGAACUUACUGGGAGGAGACUGGUUGUGGGAAACGAGCCUGCAGAACUGGGAUGGUGGCGACUUUGAAGACGAGACAGGCUUACAGUAAAGUAACUCUUGUAAGAUUGCGAUAUCGUGUAACACUCUGCAGCCAAGAGG